AUGACGGUUCCCGCGCGCUACGAACAGGCGUUCGGCGCGGAGGACGGACUGGUCGUGGAGUUCCACCAGAUGCAGACGGAGGAGCACACGCACCCGCUCGGGCAGCACGUGUGCCCCGUGGCUCUUGUGCGCCCCGCGGUGCCGCCGCUGCACGCGCGGGGGACCGCGCUCCCCGCCGUCGUGGUGCUGCACCCGACGGGCCUCGGGAUGGAGUCGGUCGCGCCCCUCAUGCGGUCCUAUGCGAAGCGCGGCAUGAUCGCUGCCGCCAUUGACUGCCGGUACCACGGUGCGCGCGGCGUCGAGCCCCCCGGCGGCGGCACCUUGCGCGAGGGGUACGAGGCGGCGCUCGUGGGGGCGUGGCGGGGCGCAGGGCCGGGGGCGGGCGAGCGGCCGUUCCUCCUCGACAGCGUGUGGGACAUCGUGCACCUGAUGGACCUGCUCGAGACGCGCGAGGACGUGGACAGCGCGCGCAUCGGGAUGACGGGCAUCAGUCUCGGCGGCAUGCACACGAUGCUGGCGAUGAUGUUGGACGAUCGCGUGGCCGUGGGGGCGCCGAUGAUCGGCACGCAGGGGUUCAAGUGGGCCAUCGAGAACGAGGCGUACCACGCGCGCGUCGCGAGCAUCCCCAGGGUGUUCGAGGCCGCGGCCGUGGACAUGGGCAAGGAGCAGGUCGACGCUGACGUGGUGCGGGCGGUCUGGAACAAGAUUCUACCUGGGCUGCUGUCUGACGACGGCUACGACGCCCCGCAAGUGCUGCCGGCGCUCGCUCCGCGCCCGGUGCUGGUAGCCCUCGGCGAGCGCGACCCGCGGUGCCCCGUCAGCGGCCUUGCGGCGCCGGUCAAGGCCGCGCAGGCCGCGUACGCAGCCGCGGGGUGUCCCGGCGAGUUCCAGGCGCAAGUGUUUCCGGGCAUCGCGCACGAGACGUGUCCGGAGAUGUACGCGGCCGUGGAGGAGUGGCUCGCGGUGCACCUCGGGGCGCUGCCGGAGGCGCCGCAGGGGCAGCCCAAGCUGGACCGGUGGGUGACGCGGUUGGCGGGGAGCGGGGCGGGCGGGAUGAUGGGCGGGUACCGGGACGAAACGGCGCCGCAGCGGUGA